CAGGAGUAGUUGAAGUCUUUACGCAGUGCCCUGGGAGAAAAACGGUUGGCGGAGUGCAAGCUGUUUUUUUUUCCCUCGCUGGACUUUUGUGUUGGGGAACCUGCAUUAAGUUAUUGAAGAUAAUUUUUUUUUUUUUUAUUGAGUAGUGUUUCAAAGUAGCCAAGAUGCCGGUUUUCCACACGAAGACCAUAGAAAGUAUCCUGGAGCCGGUGGCUCAGCAGAUAUCCCAUCUGGUAAUAAUGCACGAGGAAGGUGAAGUUGACGGAAAGGCUAUCCCGGACCUGUCUGCGCCGGUGGCUGCUGUUCAGGCGGCCGUUAGCAACCUCGUUAGGGUUGGAAAGGAUACUGUGCAAACAACAGAGGACCAGAUCAUGAAAAGGGAUAUGCCCCCAGCCUUUAUCAAAGUGGAGAAUGCCUGUACAAAGCUGGUUCAAGCUGCUUCCAUGCUGAAAGCCGACCCAUACUCUGUUCCGGCUCGGGAUUACCUCAUCGAUGGUUCCCGGGGCAUUCUGUCUGGGACGUCUGACCUGCUCCUGACUUUUGAUGAGGCAGAGGUCCGCAAAAUAAUCCGUGUAUGCAAAGGCAUCUUGGAGUAUCUGAGUGUGGCAGAGGUGGUGGAGUCCAUGGAGGAUCUGAUCACAUACACAAAGAAUCUGGGACCAGGGAUGACCAAGAUGGCGAAGAUGAUAGAUGAGCGCCAGCAGGAGCUGACACAUCAGGAACAUCGUGUGAUGCUCGUUAACUCGAUGAACACGGUCAAAGAGCUGCUGCCCAUCCUCAUAUCAGGUAUAAAAAUCUUUGUUACAACCAAGACAUCUGGGAGCCAGGGUGUCGAGGAGGCCCUGAAGAACCGAAACUUCACGUUUGAGAAGAUGAGUGCUGAGAUAAAUGAGAUCAUCCGAGUGCUGCAGCUUACAUCCUGGGAUGAAGAUGCUUGGGCCAAUAAGAAGGACACAGAGGCCAUGAAGAGGGCUCUAGGACUGAUCGACUCCAAAAUGGGUCAGGCUAAAAACUGGCUGAGGGAUCCAAAUGCUCCACCAGGGGAGGCUGGCGAGCAGGCCGUCCGGCAGAUCCUGGAUGAAGCUGGUAAAGUUGGUGAGCUGUGUGCCGGGAAGGAGCGCAGAGACAUCCUGGGCACGGCCAAGACUCUGGGCCAGAUGACUGAUCAGGUGUCUGAGAUGAGGGCGAGAGGUCAGGGAGCGUCUCCGGCUGCCAUGCAGAAAGCGCAGCAGGUUUCCCAUGGCCUGGAUGUGCUCACUGGCAAGGUUGAAAACGCCGCUCGCAAACUCGAGGCCAUGACGAACUCCAAGCAGGCCAUCGCCAAGAGGAUCGAUGCUGCACAGAGCUGGCUCGCAGACCCCCACGGUGGCCCAGAGGGAGAGGAGAAUAUCAAGGCCCUCCUGGGUGAGGCCAAAAAGAUUGCGGAUAUGUGCGAGGAUCCCAAAGAGCGGGAAGAGAUUUUGCGCUCUGCUGGAGAGCUGGCUGCCAUGACGGCCAAACUGUCUGAGCUCAGAAGGCAGGGUAAAGGUGACACUCCUGAGGCCCGAGCCUUAGCCAAGCAGAUAGCAACAGCCCUGCAGAACCUGCAGUCCAAGACCAACAAGGCUGUAGCCAACAGCAGGCCUGCAAAGGCAGCCGUUCACUUGGAGGGGAAGACGGAGCAGGCGCAGCGCUGGAUCGACAACCCUACUGUGGACGACAGUGGUGUAGGCCAGGCAGCCAUCCGUGGCCUGGUGGCAGAGGGCCGUCGGCUAGCCAAUGCUCUACAGGGUCCGUACAGGCAGGAGCUGAUGGGCAAGUGUGAGCAAGUGGAGCAGCUCAUGGCCCAGCUGGCUGACCUGGCUGCCCGUGGUGAAGGGGACUCCCCGCAAGCACGUGCUGUAGCUCAACAGCUCCAAGAGACCUUGAAAGACCUGAAAGGAAAGAUGCAGGAGGCCAUGACUCAGGAGGUUUCUGACAUCUUCAGUGACACCACCACCCCCAUCAAGUUACUGGCAGUGGCUGCUACAGCCCCCCUUGAUGCACCCAACAGAGAUGAGGUCUUUGAUGAUAGAGCCAAUAACUUCGAGAACCACGCCAACAGGCUUGGUGCUACGGCCGAGAAGGCAGCCGCAGUCGGCACAGCAAACAAGAACACGGUGGAGGGAAUCCAGGCUGCCGUCAAGUCAACCAGAGACCUAACACCACAAGUGGUCUCUGCUGCUCGUAUUCUGCUGAGAAACCCUGGCAACCAAGCAGCGUAUGAACAUUUUGAGACCAUGAAGAAUCAGUGGAUUGACAACGUGGAAAAAAUGACCGGUUUGGUGGAUGAGGCUAUCGAUACCAAAUCUCUGCUGGACGCCUCUGAGGACGCCAUAAAGAAGGACUUGGAUAAAUGCCGCGUGGCCAUGACCAAUCACCAGCCCCAGAUGCUGGUGGCCGGUGCUACGAGCAUUGCCCGAAGAGCCAACCGCAUCCUUCUGGUGGCGAAACGAGAGGUGGAGAACUCUGAGGACCCAAAAUUCAGGGAAAUGGUUAAAGCUGCGUCGGAUGAACUGAGCCAGACUAUUUCUCCCAUGGUGAUGAACGCAAAAGCUGUGGCCGGAAACAUCCAAGAUCCCAACCUUCAGAAGAGCUUUUUGGACUCAGGUUUUAAGAUUCUUGGAGCUGUGGCAAAGGUCAGGGAAGCCUUCCAGCCCCAAGAGCCAGACUUCCCACCUCCUCCUCCUGAGUUGGAUCAGCUCAAUCUCAAUGAUGAAGCGGCACCUCCAAAGCCUCCUCUUCCAGAGGGAGAGGUUCCUCCACCCAGGCCUCCUCCUCCUGAGGAGAAAGACGAGGAGUUCCCAGAGCAUAAAGCUGGAGAAAAAGUCAAUGAGCCCAUAAUGGUGGCUGCCAGGCAGCUUCACGACGAAGCCCGCAAAUGGUCUAGCAAAGGAAACGACAUAAUUGGUGCUGCCAAACGAAUGGCCCUGCUCAUGGCAGAAAUGUCUCGUUUGGUGCGUGGAGGCAGCGGAAACAAGCGUGCUCUGAUCCAGUGCGCCAAGGACAUCGCCAAAGCCUCCGACGAAGUCACACGACUAGCUAAGGAAGUGGCCAAGCAGUGUACCGACAAACGGAUCCGGACCAACCUCCUCCAAGUGUGUGAGCGCAUUCCCACCAUCAGCACUCAGCUCAAAAUCCUUUCCACUGUCAAGGCCACCAUGUUGGGCCGCACCAACAUCAGUGAAGAAGAGUCGGAGCAGGCGACUGAAAUGUUGGUUCACAACGCCCAGAACCUGAUGCAAUCAGUGAAGGAGACCGUCAGAGAGGCAGAGGCGGCUUCCAUUAAGAUCCGGACAGAUGCAGGUUGCACUCUCCACUGGGUCAGAAAGACCCCCUGGUACCAGUAAGAGACCAGCAUCCGUCCUCUGCUUGGUGCUGGGACUUUAAUGGACAGACAUACGCUUUAUCAAAGCAACGAUGGCCUUGCCCAACAUCCAUAUAUGGGCAACGUUUCUUCCUCCUAUGUCCUGUCUAUACUAGUUGCUGUUUUGAUAUUCUAUAAAUGGUGGGGUUUUAAAGUUAUAAUUAAUAGGAUUCCUUGGAAAAUAGAUAUUUAUAUAUUGAUCACAGGUUAGAUUUCAUUAAAAGUGAGGGUGAUUAUUUGUGGACUCCUCUAAAUCCGUACCACUUUAAAUUAAAUUGAAUUAAGGAUUUCUAAGGACAUUUUUGUCGUAAAUAUUUCAUUAUCACCCUUCUGCUUUGCUUUGAUAAUCACAUAAACUUUAUAAUAACAACAGCAAAGGUUUUUUUAUCAGCACAGAUGUAAUAUAUUUAGUUGUUACUUCUGCUUGUGAUAUAUAGGGCUAAAAGAAGUGAAAGAGAAAUGGUGAUCAAUAUGAUACACGGUUUUGGUCCCUGGGGCCUAAUUCACAAAAGAUGAAGUUCGAGGAUAAGAGUUAAAGCUAGACUCCAUCUAGCCUGAGGAAUGCAUCCUGGCUUUAUCCGCUCCACACACCUCUAGCCAGGCUCCACAGGUAUGGCUGCAUCAAGCCAGGUCUAAGUAAUCCAGCUAAAUGCAGGUCUGUAGUUUUCAUCAAGUGACCAUGAGCUCAAUGACAGCUUAAUUGAUUCAGUAAAAAAGCAGAAUGACUAAAUGCCUAAAUAGUCUAAAAUGCUCAAUUUCUAACCACUUCUCAGAACUGAAAGUUUAUAAUUUAAAGAGAUACCAUUUUUGUUAAAUAAAUGACUAUUAAUCUGAAAAUGAACAGAGUUUAAGGUUCAUAGAUUUAUAUUACUUUGUCUUAACAUUCAGCCUCUGUGGUUUAACCCUCUGUCAUCAAUGAGGGACUCUGUUAUGAAUCCUGAAUACUUCCUGAAAAUCAUCUAGUAUAAAAGAACUUUAUUAAACAGCGGAUAUGAUUUUUUUUUUUUUUUUUUUUUUUAGUUUUUCCAUAAUUUAAACUAGCAGAAAAUUUGUUCCUUAACUUUUUACAAAGAGAAUUAUUACAUGUUUGGAAGCAAUAAUGUGUUCAAAUAAUGCAUUAAUAAUAAUACAUAUCUCACUCUUACCUAUCAACAUAAUACCCUUCAUGUGCACCAGAGGGGCGUUAUAUCUUAAAGCGUGCAGGGCAAUGCACCAAUAGUAUUAAGGAAUCUUCUGUCAUCAAUAAAUGAUCAAAAGUCGUCCACCUGUCUAUUGCAUGCAGGAAAAUACUACUAGAAGAAAAUCUGAACCGAACAGAUCAGUUGUGUAACAGUAAAUGCGUUGCUCUGUUUAGUGUGGUGCUGAAUUUUGGGACCCGCAGUCUGCAGAGGUAGGGGAUGUCAUCCCCACAAAGGUGGUAACACUUAUGUAGGUGACUAAUGGGAAAAGAUCAAAUAUGUUCAUUUCUUUAAUCCCUUUACACAGAGACGAUCUUUGUUACCAAUCUGUCUUUAAAAAUCGGUCAUGUGGACAGUUACAAUGUAAACAUGCAAAAUGAUAAAGGCUAUAUUGGUAUAUGUUAUUAUAGCAACGUUAAAAUAAAUUACUGGGCUAUGUAACGUUAUAUUAGUGGUUUUUAUUGUAGGCUAAUUAAAAAAUAUGGUAACAUGCAUAUGGGGUAAAAACUUCACUAACAAAAUCCUUGCUUUGAUACAUGUAGCUCUGGUGAAAAGUGGUGUUAGGGCACCAACAGAGUUCUAUAGUGAUUGGCCUGCCAAAUAUACAAACUGAUCAAGGAAAAAACUUCUAGUCUAAGUUGUUCACACAGGUAUCACAAACCCUAAACAUUAGGCAUGUUUUUUUCCCCUCUGCAUACAAGAAAUCCUGCUUAGACACUGAAAAACCUCAGGAUUAAGGGGUCCCGUUUGUGUUUGCUGCUAUAGCAGCUGUUCAGGAAUCCCUUGGUUGCAGUCCUGCUGAGCUGUUUUUUGGUCACACCUUAGAGACCACAGAACGGAAGAAACAUCUGCACUUCCUGUAGGAAGUUCUAAAAAAAAAGUGUGAAAAACUAUGUGCAAACAUUUUGUAAGGCACAUGUCUGAAUCUUGCAUGAAAAUGGAACGAAACUAUGAUAAAAUGUCUGUCAAAAGGGAUUUCCAAGUGGAAGGUCAGGUUGGUGCUGUGCAGCCUCCAGGCAGCCAGUCAGCUGUGUGCGCUCAGACACCUUAAAGAGACAAACAGCUCAGCCUCUAGGGUCCAUGGACCGUAACGUGCUGCAGCUGUAUCAGUCCGGAAUCCUGCCAAAGAUGCUUCUACUGCAGUCUGUUUAAUCCCGAAUGAAUAUUUGAAUUAUAUUUUAGGGAACAACUCUUUUCAUUGGACUUGUCAAUCAAACAAUGUCACCCGUACCCCUAUCCUAUGUCCUAAAAGCUAUUUUUGCUAUUCCUUGCAUGUUUGAAUAACACUUUUUGCUCUUAUUUUGCUUCUCUUUUUUGUGCACAAUUCUUGUACAAUUUCACACAGAGAGAAAUGAGCGACACUUCAUUAUAAAGCACAACUUGUAACCUUUAAUCUAAAUUCUCCUGAUACACUAAACAGAAAUGCUCACCUUUUGUGGCAAUUCUUAUUUUAGAUACUCAAAUGUAUCAAGAUUUUUUUUUUCUUUUGUGAUGUACUCUAAACAUCUGAAAUAAAUUAAUGUGCCUUGUUUUGCUAUUAAUGGUUUAAUUUUCAUACGUUUUGUGGUAUUUUAUGCAAACUGUCAAUGUUAACUUUAAAACACUUACUGUACAGGAUUCUUCUUUAAAGCCUAUGCAACCCCCUCCCCCUUUAAGAUUAUGCAACUCGGUUGGGUUUCAAUGGGUCUAAAGUGUGACUUUGCUUCAGCCUUGUUCACAAUUUUGUAAUAAAGCAUUUUAUAACACUUGGA